AUAAAAAUAUCUGCAGCCGUCCACUGUCCGGUCUUUGCUAAACUCGCACCAGGGACCUACCAAGGAGGGAACAUCCAAGGGCCUAACACUUCUUUUUAAAAAAAACAAAACAAAAAACAGCAACACUGGACCAGGUGCUUUAACAGGAGAACAAGUUAUCUUUUUCUUCAUGACUAUAUAAACUUGGGACUCUCAAAAAAGGGUCACUCCUGCCUCCUUCGCUCCCCACCUCUUAACUCCAAGGUUCCUUUUAUUCUCCAGGCCGGUGGUGGCGUCGGCGAAUUCUGUCAGCUGUUUUCUCAAGAUCUGGAUCCCCUGGAGUUGGCUCCUGUGGUCGUGGUGGUGACCCCCCAACAUGGCUGUGAAAGCGGCCUUGCCUGCUUAUGAGCUGGGGCUCUACGCUCUGGUCGUGUCAUGCGCCAUCGCGUAUAGCGGGCAGGAGAUCUUCGAAAGCUCAAGAGACAGCAUGAACCGAAAGGCUUUCCGAGAGAACAUUAAGCCAGGAUGGCAUUACUUUGGCAGGAAAAUGGACACGGCUGACUUUGAAUGGGCCAUGUGGUUCACUUCAUUCAGAAACUUCAUCAUCUUCGCCCUGUCGGGGCAUGUCCUCUUUGCCAAGAUCUGCUCUAUGACAGUGCCUCAACACAGGUCUGUAGUUUACAUGGUGUAUGGGAUACUGACUGUGCUGGGCACGAUGGGCAGCAACUACCUGAUGAUCAUCCUGUCCCACUGUUUGGUGAUCUACACUGUCGCGCUGAUUAAGCAGAAGUGGCUAUGCUUCGUUGCAGGCCUGUGCAGCCUGGCUUCGUUCAAGGUGGAGCCCUUCAGUUCCUGGCAGAAUGGGUUUGUAACAGGAACUUUUGAUCUUCAAGAUGUUCUUUUUUAUGGAGGAAGCGGCUUCAGCAUCAUGCGCUGUGUGAGUUUCGCUCUGGAGAACUGCGAGAGGAAGGAAGGGAACUUCUCCAUCUUUGCCCUGCUGAAAUACAAUUUCUACCUCCCCUUCUUCUUCUUUGGACCUGUGAUGACUUUUGACCGAUUCCACAACCAGGUACACAUCAGUGAGUUGCGACGCAAAGACAAUGAAAUGUGGCACAUCCGUGCCCAUGCUCUCAUCCAUCUCGUGGCCAUUGUGGCCGUGGAUAUCUUUUUCCACUUCUUCUAUAUCCUGACCAUUCCUUCAGACAUGAAGUUUGUCAGUCGCAUCUCAGACUGGGCGUUGGCUGGCCUGGCUUACUCCAACCUGGUCUACGAUUGGGUAAAAGCCGCAGUGAUGUUUGGGGUCAUCAACACCAUCGCCAGGCUGGAUCACCUGGACCCUCCCCAGCCGCCGAAAUGCAUCACCAUCCUCUAUGUCUUUGCAGAAACGCACUUCGACAGAGGGAUUAACGACUGGCUGUGCAAGUACGUCUAUGAUUGUAUUGGGGAGAAUCACAACAAUAUCUUGAAGGAGCUGAUGGCCACCAUCUCCACCUUUGCCAUCACCACCCUCUGGCUUGGCCCUUGCGAGAUAGUUUACAUCUGGUCCGUCUGCAACUGCUUUGGCCUCAAUUUUGAGUUAUGGGUGCAACAGUUCUUUCAGCUGAAGCAGUUCGCUGGGAUGGAGGCCAAUAUGUCAGAGGCAAUGUCCCGACGGAUCAGGGGCGUCUUUGGGGCAGCCAAUUUCUGGGCCAUCGUCCUCUACAAUAUCCUUGCCCUCAACAGCCUGGACUUUGCCAUUCUUGUUGCCAAGAGAAUUCUCCAAACAGGUUUCCCUUUCAGCACUUGUUCCAUCUGGUUCAUCACUUAUUGCGGCGUGCAGCUGAUCAAGGAGAGAGAACGUUUCCUGGCCAUUCAAGGGGAGAAGGAAGACAAGAAAAAGGCAGAGUAGAGGAGAGAGGAAUACCGGCCUGGCAAAAUGGCGGCUGCUGCUUGGCGUCCUUUCAGACACGCUAGGCCAAAGUGCCCAAUCUUUUCAGCCUGAGCGCUGUGCGCUGCCAAUCACAAAGCUCUACUUUAGCUAUGUACAAACUUAUCUGUGUAACCAACUCCUUUUCUCGUUUAAAUAAAAAAAAUAUUUUCUAUAA